GCCGGACAGCGGGAAGUAUAAAUGGCCGGGCGGGGUGGCAGUCCGCAGUCUCGUUCCGCACUCCAAAGCACCAUGAGAGCCACCGUCGUCAUCGUCCUCCUCAGCCUGUUGGUGGCAGUCUUCGGCAACCCCGCCGUGAGGCCCUGCCCCGACGUGUGCACCGCGGACUACGCCCCCGUGUGCGCGGUGCUCAGGGGCGUGUACAGGACCUUCAGCAACGAGUGCCAGCUCGCCAUGACCAUCUGCAAGAAGCGCCAGCCCUGGAGAGUGGUGGCCAAGUGCGCUUGCGUCGACGAGAAGGGAGCCCCUCCCGGCAGCUACCGCCCCAGCGUCGGCAAGUAAGGCCCAGCGAGAACGUCAUCAACAGCUCCACGAAUCGUCGAGUGGCCAAGCCUGAAACAUGUACUCCAACAAAUAAAACAGCUAUGAUGCGACCAAGACA